UGGAAAAACUUUCCUCUCUUGAAAGUUGAAACUCUAGCCAGUCUUUCAUUCACUUUUCUGCAAAAACAAGUAUUGUUCUCUCGACUUCCCGCUAAUGUAGCUGUCCAUUUGAGUUUUCUGAGGAAGUUGUGGAUGCGAAAUUCCAUUCAUAGAUCUUAGGAGCAAUUUCUCUCUUCUUUUUAUCUCCCGUCAAAUUUUUUGGUUGGCAAUGGAUGGUUACACUGCCGAAGAUCUGUCAACUAUCGGAGGAAUCGCUACCGUUUCAAUUCUGCAUUCCUUCAUUCCAACCCACUGGCUUCCUUUCUCUAUUGUGGGUCGUGCGCAGAAAUGGACUCUAUCGAGAACGCUGCUUGUCACUGCCUUUGGAGCAAUUUUGCACGUGAUAUCCACUUCACUUCUUGGUGUAACAGCAAUCACCAUGGCCAACACCAUUGCUGGUGAAGAAACGGUGCACAAGCUUGCCUCACUUCUGCUCAUAUUUCUUGGUGGUAGUUAUGUUCUUUUGUUUUUAUUCGGAAAGGGUGGCCACAGCCAUUCUCACAACCAACCCAUGGAGAAAAUGGCAGUUGCUGGGCUUAUUCUUGUUCCUGCAUUAUCACCUUGUGCUACAACACUUCCGGUUUUUCUUGCUGCUGGCAAUUCAUCCUCAAUGAUGGUACUUGCCAUUAUAAUGCUUCUAUUCAGCACCGUAUCAGUAAUGACUUCACUGGUAGCACUGUCAUUCUAUGGGGCCAGUCAGCUGAAGUUUCAUUGGGUGGAGCGGUACGACAAACUUCUUGUUGGUUCAGUCCUUUGUUUGGUGGGAGUCUUGACCUUAGUUUUUCAUCAUCACGACGGAGAAAUGGGUUCUUUUGGAGAGCACUCGCAUAGGAAAAUCAUUACCCUUUGAGAACUAAUAACAUAAUGUGAUUAUGAGCUUUUUGGCUAUGUUGAGGUCUGAUAAUCUUGAUCCAGUCAAAGUUGUCGUAAGCUGAUUUUGCAAUGUGCCAUUAAUGAAAAUUCAAAUAGCUCUA